AAUUCAUGACUGCCUGACACAUAUGCUUAAAUAAGCUCUAUUCUUGUAUUAAAAUAAGAAAUAUUUUAUUUCCAGCUUUAUCUUGUGCCACCCUAAAGACCGGUGUCGAUAACCUCUCCGAAGCGGUCUGCUGCCAAAAGGGGAUGGAAGGACUUUUGCCUUGCGUGCGGUCCCAGUUUUCGUUCGUCUAAUUUACAUUUGCGUGCGUCCUGAAAAGUCCUCAUUGCUACAGUGCUAACUUUGAUCGCGCCAACAAAGUGUAGUGGCAUAUAGCUCGCGUUAUUUCUUCUAGUUGGGCAUCGCCCGCCGGAGCGAAAGAUGAUGGUCGUGUAAAUCCUACCUCGCAUUGGGAAAAGAAAACAUGGCACUUUUCGGCGUCCAGAUCGUGAUCACCAUGAUAAUGGCCAGCGUUCUGCAAAAGCUGUCGCCACAGUAUUCAAUAUCCCGGUGGAUCAUCUGCAAAAGGCUGAUACGGUAUCUCCACCCAUCGGACGAAGAACUCAAGUCGCUCGCUGGAAUUUCUGGAAAGUCUUUCAAGGGAAAGAACAAAAGAGAGAAGUGGAGAAACCGCAAUGGCUCUCUGGAUGAUGGCAAGGACUACGAGGAGUUUCUGGUGCCAAAGAGCAUUCCCGUGGUGCUGCAAGCGGCACCGAUCACAGCUGAGGAGGCACUGCAGCUACGCUUCUACACCGACUACCAGUGGCUGAUGGACUUUGCCGUGCAUGCCGUCUUGGUUUAUGCUGUCACGGAGGCAUACCGCUACUACAUCCCCGGCCGCGAGGAGAUCAACCUCAGUCUGGUGUGGUGCCUGCUGGUGCUGGGCUUUGCCGUCAAGGUCCUCUUCUCACUGACAGCUCUGUAUUUCCGUGGCGAGGAGCCCAUUGGGGAACGCUCGCUCUGCCUUGUCUCGGGAUUCACAUUUUUUGUCCUUGCCAUGGUGGCACUGAUUGCUGACGAAGACUUCCUCGAGUUUGGCCUACGGGACGCAUAUAGAAGUUUCAACGAGAGUUCUCACCAGUUUCUUCAAACGCAAGGAUUGAGUUCAAGUGGUCCCACAUCUCAACUGAUGUUCAAGUUCUUCCUAGCUGUGUGGUGCGGCCUUGUGGGAGCUUUCUUCACAUUUCCUGGCCUCCGCUAUGCACGCAUGCACUGGGACGCAUUUAAGUACUGCGAAGGACAGCAUUUCAUCAGGCUGCUGCUUCACCUGAGCUUUGUCUCGCCUCUCUUUGUGGUGCUGUUGUGGGUGAAGCCUCUUGCCCGCGAGUACUUCACCGAGAGAUCAUUUCCGGGCAUGAGGGAAAACCUAAUGAGUGGCGAGGCAUUUGAGGCAGGCCGCAUCGUGCUGGUGCUGGCCGUGGUGGUGCUGCGACUCGUUCUGAUGCCACGGUACCUGCAGUCCUAUCUGAACCUGGCUCCUGAGAAAAUGGCUGAGCUUCGCAAGGAAGCUGGGAACAUUAGCAACAUUGACCUUCAGCGCAAGGUGGUUCGAGUCUUCUACUACUUGUGUGUAGUGGCCCUGCAGUACAUCACACCAUUGCUCACAUGUGCAUUUACAGCUCUCCUGCUGAAAACGUUAGGCGGCCACAGCUGGAUCGCCUACCUGUGGUCACCGAAUGGUCCCGGUGCACCUCUUCAGCACAAUCCUGUCCCUGGAGUACCAUCGAGGGGACCCUCUCCAGAAUCCAUCCUGGCAACCAGCCAGCAGUUCUCAUUAACGCUGGCCGGCCUUCGAGCCGUCUUCACACCUGUGUUAUUCCGUGGUGUUCUCAGCUUCAUGACUUGGUGGCUGUGCGCCACAUCUUUUGCUACCAGUGUAGUUGGACUUGUGUACCACUCGUACACUUCCUAGGUUGAGGCUAAUGAGUGAUAGGGCUAUAGUACGAAUCGGAGUUUUGUAACAAGGACGUGCGGUGGAAGAGGCAGUUAGCUAGGAAUGAUUUGUACGUUUGGUAGCAGGCAGAAUGCCAAUUUUUGUUUUGUCGAACUCCUUUAGGCUUGAAGCACCACUCAGAUCUGAGUGCUUGUGAAAUGACCGUGAUUGCUAGGAACACCUGUAAACUUCCAUCUCAGUGCACACAGAAUUUGCACUUAUGCCCCAAUGUGUGCAGAGAUGAUUGUGCACUUCAAACAUUACUACUGUAAUGGCCAAGCAGCUGAUAACUUUGUGGCAAGUUCUCAUUUAAUUAGAUGGUAUCUCAGGCAUGCAGAGAGCACAUUGACAAACAUUGAUGGGAUCAGUCUCUUUUGGUUGGUUGCUCUAUAGGGGAAACUUGAGCGAGACUGCACAAUGCAAGGCAUGGGGGGAGCAAGAGAGAGAGAGAGAGAGAAAUGUUUAUUGAUAUGAAAUGCCCCUAGCUAAGGUGGGUAGGAUGCUGUGUAAAUGAUGCUUGCUUUGCCUCAUUUUUGACACUUUGCAGUACACAUGGACAUGAAUUAUUGUCCCAAACUGCAUACAGAGUAUAGCAGACAUGUAAUAUGAGGAUGUUGCAAUUAGCAGUGUAUAUACAGGG